AUGUCUUCAAACCUCAAGCCCAAACCCGAUCCCGGCUCCUCCUCGUCUCCGGUACAAAACUUCGAGGAAAUGUACUCUGCUAUUGGGGGGGCUUAUGAGACUGCUUUUGCGCAGGACAAGGGAUUAUUGAAAUUUCUUGAGAGAGUUAUUGGGAUCCUCCCCCAAAACUCCCAAAUUCUCGAUCUGGGGUGCGGCACCGGUCGUCCCGUAGCCUCCACUUUGUCCUCAGCAGGUCACCAAAUCUACGGUCUAGAUUUCUCCCAGGCCAUGAUAACCCUCAGCCAAACCUCGGUGCCCAACGGUAAAUUUGCCAUGGGAGACAUGCGAAUAUUUAAUCCUUUUGAGCAUUGGAGUUCUGAUCUGAAGAAAAAUGAUGGAGGUUUUGACGCUAUAUUCGCCAUCCUUUCUCUGUUUGCGCUUUCUCGCUCUGAAAUUGAAUCUUUGGGUUCUAAAUGGCGAGACUGGGUUAAAGUGGGUGGUUUUCUUUGUAUUUGUAUGAUUGCGGCUGAGGAUUUACGGCCGAGGGAUAGAGAGGGAAAGGGAGAUGGGGAGGGAAAAGGAUAUGAUGAGGAUGGAAUUUGUUGUCGAGGUAUAGAGGGCAGAUUUAUGGGAAAUGUAGUUACGUUGUCGCUGUUUACAAGAGAUGGGUGGAGAUGGUUGUUGAAGGAAAAUGGGUUUGAGAUUGUGGAGGAGUGGAACGACGUUUAUAGACCUCCAAAGGAGGCGGAUAGUGAGGAUGAGCCGCAUUUGUUUUUGUUGGCUAGGAGGGUGUAG